UGUGAGUGAGAUUUUUGUCGCGUGCUUGAAGAUUGAAUUGAAAUGCCGAAUCGGAAAUUAAAAGAACGACACCUGGAGGCGUUGUACCGAGUCACGCACUUCUCUAAGAAUGAGCUGGAGGCCCUGUACUCUAUGUACCGGAGACUGGUGACAGCGGCUCAGGCAGCAGCACCAGCUUCGGCCCUUGGACAUCCGCCCAAAAUCGAGGGUAUAGACCAGAACACGUUCCGAGAUGUCAUGCACAAUACAUUUGAUCUGGUCACCGAAGAGACUAUACUCGAACGGAUUUGGGUGACUUGGGAACGAGGAGCCAACGGCGGCGAGGGGGCCCUUAAAUUCGAGGCUUGGGUAAAAGGCCUCAGCGUCUUACUGCGUGGAAACAACGAAGAACGACUGGCUUUGUGCUUCAGAGUCUACGACUUAAAUUACGAUGGGUUUAUCACUAAGGACGAGAUGUUUGUAUUGCUCAAAAACUCACUUAUGAAGCAACCAGGAGACGAAGACCCGGACGAAGGAGUAAGAGACUUAGUAGAAUUGGUUCUAAGGAAGAUGGAUAUCGAUAAAGAUGGGAAAGUAUCUCUUGAUGAUUACAGAGAUGCAGUACAACAAGAGCCGCUACUGUUAGAAGCGUUUGGGCAAUGUCUACCUUCAAAAAGGCACGUAGCGGUUUUCCUUAAGAAUUUAGUUUCGAAAAUGUAAAAUUUUGAGACAUAUGUUUGUAGUAAUAAGUGCAAAUUUUUAUAGUUUUUUUUAACUGUUUUAUUGAUUUUCAGUGUAUGUAUAGUCUAAUGUAAUAAGAAAGUUAUAUUCUAUGUGGUAUUUUUGGCGGGAACGCGUGGAGUGAA